AUGGCUUUCCAGAUUGCCAACCUUAAACAUCUAAAGUCAAAACGAGUACAGUGGUCUUUGCCAUGUUCCACGCCAAAGAUACAUGGACCACUUUAAAAAUACAGGGAGCAAGUGAACACCCUAAAGGAAGCUACUUGGAGGUUGGUACGUACACUGUAAAUGUAUUAUAGAUUUUUUAUAAACCAUACAGAGUAAAACCUCCAUACUGAGGCAUCCUGCUGAAAUUCAACAUUGAUAUUUUUUGCUGUUUUAGAGGCAAAAAGCAAAUAGUUUUCCUCUUUGGUGACUAGGAGUUUUAUGAAAGAUAUUUCGAACUGCUGGAACCUCAGGUAAGUUCAAAUAAUAAUUAAAAUAUACAAAACAUAAAAUAUUUGAUUAAUAUAAUUAACUAAGUAGAACCUUCCCAAGUUGUAGCCUAAAAACACUUUCUGUGAAGGAGUACUCAUAAGUGAAUUAAUAUCUUGCAGCCAAGUAUCCAUGCCUCUGGUGCCUGAUCACAUAUGAGAUGCUCCAACUCUCUUACAUACAUACAUACAUACUUUAUUGGCUCGUCCCCACGGGGCUUUUCAGAGUCAAUUUUACAUUAAAAAAUUAUAAACCAAGUACAUGACAAUAAGAAUAUAACAAUGAUAAAAGAAGACAAAGGUCAAUAAAAUUAAUAAAAUUAAUUAAAUAAAGCAGUCAUUAAGAAGCUUUUGCCUGAUUAAACACUUGAAUUCCGUCACGGAUGGGCUAAGUUUGAGCGCAGGCUGCAACUCAUUCCAGAGAGAGGUUGCUCUAUAUUGAAAGGUCCUUUAGCCGCUGGCAGUGCGGAAGAGUGGUAUGUUCAAAAGUUGAGAAUUUCUCAUAUUCCUUGUCGAGACGGCGGAUCUUCCAACGAGCUUUGAUGUCAAAUACUCCGGAGCACAACUCGUCAUGCACUUAAAAACCAGAACAGCAAAACGAAAAUAAAGUUGUUGCCUGAUUGGUAGCCAGCGCAAGUCUUUUAGCAAAGGAGUUAUGUGAUCGAAUUUUUUAGCGCCGCUCAAAAUACGACAAGCGAAAUUCUGUACUGCUUGGAGCUUGUCCAGAUUAGUUUGAGUAGUAUUGCUCCAAACAGAAGAGCAAUAGAAUAAUUUACUAAAUACUAAGGCAUUUAUAAUAAUAAUUAGCACGUGUUUAUUAAAAAUAUGCUUAACGUGGUUAAUUUGGCCCAAACGUGACAUGCAUGAGGAUACAGUAGAAACAAUAUGCUCAUUAUAUGUUAAGUUAGAGUCCAGUGUGACACCAAGGUCUCUUGCAGCCUUAAAGGGCUCGAGUUCCUUCCCCAAUAGAAGUCAUUUGCCGGCUGCCGAAUAUCACUAGUUUUGUUUUAUCUGGGUUGAGUAAAAGCUGAUUAUCAAAGCACCAAUUCCUAAUGCUUAACAAGUCCUUGUUCAUUUUUUCUAUCGUUUCGUGCUGAUCGCGGAGUUGAAAUGACAUGAGAAGUUUGGUAUCGUUGACGUAACACUGCGAUGUACAAUUUUCUGGCACAGAAGGGAGAUCAUUAACGUAGAUGUUAAAGAGUAAUGGGCCAAGGAUGCUCCCUUGUGGAACGCCAGAGCUAACAGGUAGUUUGGUUGACAGAGUUGUAUUUAUUCGCACAAAUUGGUAUCGCGAGGUUAAAUAGCUUCCGAGCCAUUUUAUCGCAGGUCUGGACGCACCAAUGUCCUGUAACUUAGCGAGGAGUAUUUGAUGGUCAAUACUGUCGAAAGCUUUGCUUAGAUCAAGAAGGACAACUGCAGUCAGUUUCUUUUUGUCAAUGGCAUUUAGGAUUUCGUCAGUUGUUUGAAUGACAGAUGUUUCCGUUGAAUGCCACUGUUUAUUUCCGCUUUGUUUGGAUGAUAAACGGCCUCUCAAAAGUAGAUAUGACGUAAGUUGAUUGUGAGCGACACGUUCACAGACUUUAGAAAGGACAGGGAGUAAUGAAAUCGGUCUAUUAUUGUUUGGAAUAUCGUGGUCUCCAGCCUUGAGUAUCGGUGUCACUUCAGCUGUUUUCCAGGCCAAAGGGAAGGUGUCAAACUCAAAGGUAGCAUUAAUAAUAGACGUUAACGAUGGCAAGAUAGCAGGCAAACAAUCUUUGAUCACAUGGAUUGGGAUUUUAUCAAUCCCAGGGGCCUUACCACUCGCCAUUGAUGUGACAAUCUUUUGUACCUGUUCGCACUUCACUGCGUUGAAGGUGAACUGCUCUGACAAUGGGUAGAUUCUCGGGAUAAAUGAACAUUGAUUAAGAGUAUAAUUCGAUUCCUCUGCCAACUUAGCAAUUCUAUUGAUGGUACUCUUUCCUACAGAGGAAAAGAAAUUAUUAAAUUCAUCAGCAACAAUUUUGUCAUCUUUGGAAUAAUUCCUUUGAGAAGCGGACUUCUUGGGUAUGCACAAGCGGAUUGCUCUCCAGAGGCAAUUAGAGUUGUUUUUGUUGUUUACAACUUGCUCCGCGAUGAAUAUUUUCUCAGCCGUCCUUAUUUCAUGUUUGACUUCGCGACAAAGGUUUUUGUAUUUAGACCAAGCAUGUGGAUCUUUGUUUUUUUGGGCUACCUUCUUCCAAUGAUCUCUAAGUCUCAUAAGGUCCCGAAUUUCGCAUGUUACAAAAGGGUUGGGACGUCCACGAAUUUUGACUGUUUUGAUGGGUGCAUGUUCGUCUAAUACAUUGUUGAAUAAUAGGUUAAACGCGUUCAAUUUAUCUUCAGGAUCAUCAAAAACGUCCAAAACGGACCAGGGUACUUGCGAAACGUCAACAAGAAAUUGAUCAGGCCGGUAAUGUUUGAAGCACCUUGUUGUAAUAUAAGUUGGCUCCUCGUAGUAGGAUCCUCGUCAUUGGCAAAUAGAAAAGAGAAAUAUGAAGAACAUUGAAGAUUACAACAAGUUUGGUGCAGAUGGCUGUGUAACAAGUCAACAGAAGUGUUAUCACAAUGUGAUCCAUGAGAAACUGCUUGACAUUGACGUGGAAAAGGGAAAUAAACUAUCAACACAUUUUUUAGCUUAGGAAAAACAAAUACUAAUAAAACAGGGCAUUAACAGGAAACUUAGCAAUCUGAUUCUUUCUUCGUUAUUUCUGGACUUCACAUCAGCUUGGGUGUUUUCCAGAGAUUAUUUGAUGAAAUUGAGAACCAAUGCGCUCAGCUGGACAAAAUAAUCGAAAUGGAGCUGGCAGCUGACAGUGACAACAAUGAUGAAAGAAUCCUGGUACUCAGAGCUGCUCAUCAACACAGCAGUCAGCCACAACAUUUGCAUGAGAAAGCAAAUUCUUUACAGGAAUUAUUGAAUUUACAGAGUUUGCAUUCUGAUGUGGCUAUUAUGCCUUCCUUUUUCACGUCAAUUCAAAGUGAAAUUGAAAGACUCCUUAAAGGUGCAAAGAAAGAGGCAACAAAACAGUAUACUAUAGCAUCAAGAAUGUUCAGCUGACUAACUCCAUCCAAAAUCUAUGACUGUUUUGAAGAAGCUGUUUCAGACCAUGAUAAUCCACGCUAUGAAUACUGUAAUUUAUUUUUAUGUUCUCUUUACUUUUAAUUACUGGAGAAACUUGCAGAUAAGCAGAUGGAAUUGGCAGGGCUUGAUGGAUCCGAUGGACCACUAACAAAGCAUUUGGACAUGGUCCUGAAGCGAAUAAAUGUUGAGCGAAAGGCCUACCAUGGAAAAUCGUUCACUGGUAACCACGUGCACAUCUGCUGCAAGGUAACAUACAUUCUACCUUAAUUAAGAGAUCAAAACUACAUAGAAGUAAACACACGAACUGCCAUUAACAACCUAAUUUGUUGGUGUCUUCUUCUUAGGCACCCAACAUAA